AUGGCGGGCGAGAACGAACAAGAACCUGGUCCGCAGGAUACUCAACCUGCCUCUUCCCCUGGCGCUCCGGCAGAACAGCAAUCCGACCUAACUCAAGAGCAAAUGCAUCUGCGUGGAGGCUGCAUCGACCAUGAUGGCUUUUGCUGUGGUGUCUGUAUCAGGCCUGCCGAUGGAUGCUACCCUGGAGCGCUGUGUGCCUUCUGCACUGUUAUGUGA